AUGAAAUCGUUGGGAAUAUUCACGUGGCUUAUUUUAACUAAGUGCGUAUCUUCGUCUGAGGAUUUAUUUCCUUUAACAAUAAUACACAUGAAUGAUAUGCAUGCACGAUUUGAAGAAACAAACACGUUGGCAAAUACCUGCAAGGAAAAUGACAAUUGUAUCGGAGGCUUUGCUAGAGUUGUGACUAAAGUUAAGGAACUUAGGGCAAAUAGCCCUAAUCCAAUAUUUCUAAAUGCAGCUGACAACUUCCAAGGAACUUAUUGGUACAAUUUAUUUAGGUGGAAUGUGACUCAAUACUUUUUAAAUUUAGAGCCAGCUGAUGCUAUGACUCUAGGAAACCACGAAUUUGAUCAUGGAAUAGAAGGUCUAUUGCCAUUUCUCGAGCGAAUAAAAACUCCAAUACUAAGCUGUAAUAUCAACGCAACUCUGGAACCAAAAUUCGCUGAAAAAUUCAAUAAUUCAAUAAUUCUUGAGAGAAGUGGACGAAAAAUUGGCAUUGUUGGAGUCACUACAACUUUUCCAUCAGGCUGGGGAAGAGCUAAAGUUCUGCCAGAAGUUGAAUAUGUCCGGAAAGAAGUUGACAAGCUAGUAGAGCAAGGAAUAAAAAUCAUCAUUGUCCUGUCACAUUCUGGAUUGGAUGUUGAUAAAGAAAUUGCAAAGCAUGGAGGUCCAAUAGACUUAAUUGUUGGUGGACAUACACAUUCAUUUCUAUUUUCUGGUAAGCCAGUUGGUCCUGACAAGCCUGUUGGUGAAUAUCCAACAAUAGAAACACCAGAAAAUGGUCAUCAAGUUUUGAUUGUUCAGGCAUCAGCAUUUAAUAAAUAUCUAGGAAAUAUUAAACUGUUUUUCGAUGAAGAUGGAGAAGUGAAGAGAUAUGAAGGUGCACCAAUAUUUUUAUCACAUGAAGUGCCACAAGAUCCAAUGAUUCUAGAAGAGUUGAAACCAUGGAAGACUGUAGUUGAUGCAUUAUUAAAGAAAAAUGUUGGAUAUGUGAAGCAUCAACAUGACUCAUUUUGUUAUAAUCGUGAAUGUGGAAUGGGAAAUUUGGUUGCAGAUUCUAUGACAUUUGCUUUCUCAAACAACCGAUCAGAAGGUGAAUGGACAGCAGUAUCUAUAGCACUACAUGGACCAGGUUUAGUAAGAGCUGGAUUAUCACCAGGAAGAGUCAUACUAGCAGAUUUAUUUACAACAACUCCAUUUGAGAAUAAAGUUGUGUUACUGGAACUGCCAGGAUUUGCAAUUAGAGAAGCUUUAGAGUUCUCAGUAUCGAAACCGAUCCUUCAUGUCAUGCAAGUAUCUGGAAUUAAAGUUGUGUAUGAUUUGAAGAAAAAUCCGUUCAACAGAAUUGUUGAUCUAAAAGUUCUGUGUCAAAAAUGUGACAAGCCACGCUAUGAAGCUAUAAACGAUGAAAAAUAUUAUCGUGUGACUCUCUCAGAUUAUCUUGCAAAUGGAGGCGAUAGCUUCUCAAUGUUCCCUAAAUAUGGACGCAACAAGUUGGAAGGGCCAUUAGACAUUGAUGUUCUAUCUGAAUAUGUAAGAAAGGCAUCACCAAUCAAUACUCCGAGUUUGCUGAAGCGCAUUCAGUUUGUGUGA